CCUCUACAACACACAGCUCUGCUUUCAACCCUCAAGCCGCUAGCCUUAUCCCAGGAAGUAUCUGUAACCAGAUACGAUGGGGAAGGAGAAGAUUCACAUCAACAUUGUCGUGAUUGGACAUGUCGACUCAGGUAAAUCUACCACAACUGGACAUCUCAUCUACAAAUGUGGUGGCAUCGACAAAAGGACUAUUGAGAAGUUCGAGAAGGAAGCUGCUGAGAUGGGCAAAGGUUCCUUCAAAUAUGCCUGGGUGCUGGACAAGUUGAAGGCAGAGCGAGAGCGAGGCAUCACCAUUGACAUCUCCCUGUGGAAGUUCGAGACGUCCAAGUACUACAUCACAAUCAUUGAUGCCCCAGGCCACAGAGAUUUCAUCAAAAACAUGAUCACUGGCACAUCCCAGGCUGAUUGUGCUGUGCUCAUUGUGGCAGCUGGUGUAGGAGAGUUUGAGGCUGGUAUCUCCAAAAACGGACAGACCCGAGAACAUGCACUUCUGGCCUACACCUUGGGUGUCAAGCAGCUGAUUGUUGGCAUCAAUAAAAUGGACUCAACUGAGCCACCUUACAGUGAGAAGCGAUAUGAUGAAAUUGUCAAGGAGGUCAGUGCUUACAUCAAGAAGAUUGGCUACAACCCUGCCACAGUACCCUUCGUACCAAUCUCUGGCUGGCAUGGGGACAACAUGUUGGAGCCUUCACCUAACAUGCCCUGGUUUAAAGGCUGGAAGGUAGAACGCAAGGAAGGCAAUGCCAGUGGAGUUUCCCUGUUAGAAGCCCUAGACACCAUCUUACCUCCCACCCGUCCCACAGACAAACCCCUUCGCCUGCCUCUUCAGGAUGUCUACAAGAUUGGAGGCAUUGGAACUGUACCAGUGGGCCGUGUGGAGACUGGUGUCUUGAAACCUGGUAUGGUUGUGACCUUUGCACCUGUCAACAUCACUACUGAGGUCAAAUCUGUUGAGAUGCACCAUGAGGCAUUGAGUGAAGCCUUGCCUGGGGAUAAUGUUGGCUUCAAUGUGAAGAACGUAUCUGUGAAAGAUGUUCGCCGUGGAAAUGUCUGUGGUGACAGCAAAAAUGACCCACCGCAGGAAGCUGCUCAGUUCAUAUCCCAGGUUAUCAUUCUGAACCAUCCUGGACAAAUUGGCGCUGGCUACUCUCCCGUUAUUGACUGCCACACGGCACACAUUGCCUGCAAAUUUGCUGAGCUGAAAGAGAAAAUUGAUCGCCGUUCUGGCAAGAAGCUGGAAGACAACCCAAAGGCUCUGAAGUCAGGAGAUGCUGCAAUCGUGAUGAUGAUUCCUGGGAAACCCAUGUGUGUGGAGAGCUUUUCCCAGUACCCACCUCUCGGUCGUUUUGCAGUACGUGAUAUGAGACAGACGGUUGCUGUCGGCGUUAUUAAAAACGUGGAGAAGAAAGCCGGAGGUGUUGGCAAAGUCACCAAGUCUGCACAGAAAGCUCAGAAAGCUGGCAAAUGAACCGCAGCUGUUGAACUAGUGGGACACAAACCAAUGUCCCCAUCACAAGGACUCCAUCACCUUCUUCCCAAAGGGCAUGUUCACACAUCUGCUUCUACUGCUCUAUUCGUCAAUGACUGGAUGUUACUUAUUAAAGUCCAGUGGAAGUAUUUUAAAAGGAAAAGCAUGCUUCAGCAUUUGUGAGGCUUUAGUGUUGUUUUACCAAUAAAAACAGGUACAAUAUCUGCAAAAUAAA